AUGACUAUAAUAAUUGGUUCACUCUUCUUGCCUUAUACCGUCAAAUUUGAGGUUGCUCAAGACGAUUUUAACUCUGAUACUCGGUAUUUGGAGCUGUCGACAGCUUCACUGGCAACUCCAAUUCCCAUUAAGCCUGGCAGACCGCCCUUGAGGUCGGCCAUCACAAACUCCAUUCUACCUUCAUUGAGCAAUGUUCCCACUGCGGCUCAAACUCCGAGUGGUUCACCGCCCCACCUUGGUAUUCGAGAGAUCGAGGGUUCUGCUCAGCUGUUUUUCCAAAAGGCACGUAAACCUUCUAGUGAUAAUGCUACUAUCUUGCAGGAUACUGUCAACGAACGGUUGGCUCCACACUUGAUUCAGCCCAAAUCUCGCUAUCUGGGACUGAUUCCAAGUCUGGUGAUUGAGGCCAAAAAAAGGGACGAGGACCUGGGAUUGUCUGGCCUCAAGAUCAGUCGGUCGCUGACAUCGUUGGCUGCACAUCCGGGACUCAGCAGAAGUGGCUCGUCCUCAAGCGAUUUCCCUGUGAUUCCACGUGGGCGAAGCUCAAUAUCAAGACAGUUUUCUGGGUUUACUUUGGGAAACAAUAGCAACAGCUCACUUGUCAUCGCAGAGGAGGAUGAGCCUUCGAGGUAUUUUGACCCACCACAUAAACUGACACUGGGCGACGCUGACACCACCGUCGAGUUGGAGAACGAACGAUUGGCACCUUACGGAGGCUUUUCCCGCCCAGACUUGGAGGAGACGUUUCUCAGCCAGAGAAGUGUGUUUGAUCUGGCACCUUGGCAGGUGGUGAAGACUGAUAAGGGCAAUGGGUCGUUGAUUAACGCAGUCCAUUUGGCUCACGAGAAAGGCAUCAUCAACAAUGUGAAAUGGGUGGGCACCAUGUCCCUGCCCAGUGACGCUAUCCCCGAAAAGGUCAUGAACAAGAUCUCGGAUAAAUUGCAUGAGGAGUACAACUGUGAGUCAGUGGUGGUCAACGACAUCACUUUCCAAGGACACUACAAGUCGUUCUGUAAGCAAAUCUUGUGGCCUACGUUGCAUUACCAGAUCCCCGACGACCCUAAAUCCAAGGCAUUUGAGGAACACUCGUACCAUCACUACAAGCUCUUGAAUCAGACUAUUGCAGACAAAUUGGUGGCUACCUAUUUGAGGGAGAAUAACCACUUAUCUCCAGACGACCCGGAGAACAUGAUCUGGAUUCAUGACUACCAUUUACUCUUAGUUCCUGGUAUGAUCCGCGAGAAAUUGCCUGAUGCCAAAAUUGGUUUUUUCAUGCAUGUCUCUUUCCCGUCUUCGGAGGUGUUCAAGUGUUUGGCUCAGAGAGAGGCUCUCCUCCAGGGUAUGCUAGGUGCUGAUUGUAUCACCUUCCAAACAAAAGAGUAUGUGAGACAUUUCUUGCAGACAUGUAGCAGGCUAGUGUUGGCCGAUACACUUGAAGACGGGCUUACUCACGAUGGCACCUUCACCAAGGUGAACACCAUUCCAGUUGGAAUUGAUGCAAACGACUUACGGGUCAAGCUCAGCAGCAAUGAAGUUUUGGACUGGAAGCAAUUGAUCACUGAGCGUUGGAAUAAUCAGACACUCAUUGUAUCCAGAGAUCAUUUGGAUAAGUUGAGAGGCGUGAAACAGAAGCUUCUAGCAUAUGAACGGUUUUUGCGUGAGAAUCCGUCAUAUGUUGAGACAACUGUAUUGCUUCAGAUUUACAUGGGAACCACUGAUGACGAUGACUACGAGAGUGAGGUGAUGCAAAUUGCUUCAAGGAUCAAUUCCAUGUCCGAGAAUAUCUCUGAUACCCCACCAGUUGCCAUCGUUCAUCAGGAUAUUGGAUUUGAUCAGUACAUUGCCCUCUUGAGUGAAGCUGAUGUGUUUAUUGUCUCUUCCAUGAGAGAAGGAUUGAAUUUAACAUGUCAUGAAUUUAUCGUCGCAGCAGAAAAAAAGAAGGCUCCUCUUAUUUUAUCUGAGUUCACAGGCUCAUCCAACUUGUUGGGCGGUGAUGGUAAAGGUGCAUUAUUGAUUAACCCUUGGGAUAUUAAAAAUUUCAGCGAUACAAUUAAGUUUGCUUUGAAUAUGCUGCCACUGGAGAAGGAGAAACAUUGGAAGGUUUGCAAUGAAAUUGUGACCAAGCAUGAUUCGAUGGACUGGAUUAAGGGCUGUAUUAAGUCUAUUAAUGAUGCCUGGAAGAAGGAUUCAGAGAAGCUGUCGGAUGUUGUUCCUUUGAGCAGUACUGUCUUUGAUAAAUUCUACGAAUCUGCAACAGGAGGAAGACUCUUUUUCCUUAGUUUGGAUCAAAUGAUCAACAGAAGCACACUAUAUGGAGGUAGAUCUGGUUCGAGAGACUCGUUCCUCGAGUUUUCCCGAAUUGGUAGCCUUUUGCGAGGUUUGAUCUCAAACCCAAAUAACCGAGUGUAUGUUACCAGUGCAAUGAAGAAGUCAGAAAUGUAUCUGAUUUUCAAGAACACUCCAAAUAUUGGAUUGGUUGCAGAAAGUGGAGGGUACAUUAGAAUUAUUGGGGAGUCUAAAUGGUUCUCGCUCAUAGACGAAAAGCAGGUCAACAACUGGAAACCACAGGUGUCACAGUUGAUCAAAUCUAAAGCUGAAAGACUUCCAGGAUCUAGUGCCGUCAUCGAGGACUGUACAGUUCGUUUGCUUGCGGAUACUUCGAUGGCAGAAGACCCGAAGAGAAGUCUCGAUGUUAUGGGCGAUUGUAUCCAGCACAUCAACGAGGCCUACGAAGAAAGUCAGGGUGUACAUGCUACCAUUGUUGACAAUUCUGUCUUUGUUCUGGAAAAGAAUAUCACAUUACGAGCAUUGAAUAUUCUUUUGGCUAUUUACACCACGGACAUCUCAGUGGACGCGAUCUCUCAAAAGUUUAACAUUAAGAGGGUUCUGUCCUCAACGGAUGCAUUGUUCCGCUCGGAAUCCAAUAACACAAAGAAUGACGAUAGAUUCAAGGAAGCCAACAAAGUCACCUCUCUUUUCUAUGCUGGUGGCCUCAACCCUCUUGACGAGACUGUUUUCGACAGUAUUUCUCAAUUUGAGAAGGAUGGUGUUCUUGACUCCACAUUGAGUGUUGUUGUUCGUGGUAAUCGUGAUGACACACGAACCUCUGCAACUUACACUGUCUCGGGUCUGAAUGAAUUGUUUGGAAUUCUUUCGAAGGCAGGCAGACGUUAA